GUCUGAACUUUACACAGUCACAAUGGGCAAGAUUAUCUUCUAUGAAGACAGGAACUUCCAGGGCCGUCACUACGAGUGCAGUAGCGACUGCCCCGAGAUGCAGAACCACUUCAGCCGCUGCAACUCGAUAAGAGUCGAGAGCGGCUGCUGGGUGGCCUACGAGAAGCCAAACUACGGCGGCUACCAGUACAUGCUGCACAAGGGAGAGUACCCCGACUACCAGCGCUGGGCGGGCUUCAAUGACUGCAUCCGCUCCUGCCGUAUGGUGCCACCUUACAAUGGAAACUACAGGAUGAAGAUCUUCGAGCGGUCCGACUUUGGAGGCCAGAACCUGGAGCUCAUGGAUGACUGCCCAGAUCUGCACGAGCGCUUCCACACCCGCGACAUCUCCUCCGUCAACGUCAUGGAGGGCUACUGGAUGCUGCACGAACACCCCAACUACAGGGGGCGCCAGUACUUCCUGCGCCCCGGAGAGUACAGGAGACACAGCGAGUGGGGCAGCACCACCCCCACCAUCGGUUCUCUGAGACGCGUCACCGAGCUCAACUGAUUCAGUUUUUU